AUGGUAUUUAAUUAUGGCUUUAAUUUGCAUAUUUCCAAUGACAAAGAUUGUGAUUCAGUGUCAAAGUGGGGCAGUCAUUCAAAAGAGAACUCUGGAAGCACAUGUGGAGCAUUUAAUUCCAAGUUAUACGUGAACUUGAGAGAUGUUUUUUGUACAAUUCCAAGGAUAACAAGUAUUGUAGCUCUUGCUACAGCUGUACUUUUUGUCAGGCAGGAAAGUAAUGCAUGCAAAGCACGUAAGCAAUGUGGUCUGGCUGUAGAGUAUGUGAGAGGCAAACAAGGAUAUGAACUAAUUAUAUUACCAUUAGAUCACAAAAUCAGAUGUUCUGAAAACCGGAAGUCUAAAAUCAAGGUGUUGUCAGAGCCGCCGUUAUCUCUGAAGUCUCUAGGGGAGAAUCCUUUGUGUCUUCCAGCUCCUGUGCUUUGCAAACACUGUCACUGCCCAGAGCCCCUGACACCAGCCAUAGUCGACCCCACCAUGCUCUUUGACAUCACUGUCAGUGGCGAGCCCUUGGGUCACAUUUCCUUAGAUCCAUUUGCAGACAAAGCUAUUAAUACAAAGACAGCAGAAAACUUUCAUGCUCUGAGCACUGGAGAGAAAGAUUUGGUUAUUAAGAGUUCUUGCUUUCACAGUAUUAUUCCAGGAUUUAUGUGCCUGGGUGGUGAUUUCACAUGCCAUAAUGGCACUGGUAGAAAGUCCAUCUAUGGGGAGAAAUUUGAUGAUAAGGGUGUCAUCCUGAAGUUUACCGGUUCUGGCAUCUUGUCCAUGGCAAAUGCUAUACUCAACACAAAUGGUUCCCAUUUUUUCAUUUGCACUGCAAAGACUGAGUGGUUGGAAGGCAAGCAUGUGGUCUUCAGCAAGGUGAAAGAGGGCAUGAAUAAGGUGGAAGCCAUGGAAUGCUUUGGGUCCAGGAAUGGCAAGACCAGCAAGAAGAUCAUUGCUGACUGUGGAAAACGCUAACAAAUUUGAAUCGUGUUUUAUGUUAACUACAAGAGAAUUGCUUCUGUAGCUCAGGAGAGCACCCCUCCAACCCAUUUGCUCACAGUAUCCUAUAAUCGU